UGUUCUUCACUUCAAUAUCACAAAGUCAAAAACAGGAGCAUUCUGUUGGACUAGGAGCAUGUGCAAAAUAGGGUACAUCGAGAUACUUGUUCUUGUUCUGAGCAGUUCAUUAAUACCAACAAGUCAUGGAAGAAUAGGAUACAACAGAAAUUGUGUAGUAAAUAGUACAACACAUGUUGAGAAGUAUGAGAGAAUAUUUGUUUUUGUUGGGGAAUACAAGGUAUUUAUCACCCAAAGACAACCAUGGCCUGAUACAUACAUUGAGUUUCAUAAGUUGGCAGGAAGAACAACGAGGAGCCAAGUUAUACGUGAAGGAAGGAAAGCACUAGAUUAUUUCAAGAUCAGGUAUGGAAUAGAUGUGAGUCACUUGAUAACUGAUGGUCAGAUUUACAAUGGAGUGGCUGUACCAUUCGGGGAUUUCACUUUCAUAAUGACAACUGUCAAUUUUAGAGAAGGU